AUGGCGGAAAGUGACCCGGAGAACUCUGCCAAUGAGAACUCGCAGUCAGAUUGGGAAGACACGGUGACGGAAGAGUCUGAGUCUCUGGACUCUGCCUUGGCACACAUCGAGCUGGAAGAUCACUUGCCCCUCGGCCUCGGCUUUGCAAUCGGAGGAGACAUGGCACAUAGCAUGCUGGAAAAGAUCACAGACUCUCAGACUGUAGGGCAGAGUUGCUGCAGUUUGUUGCUGGUUGUUGCCUUUGCGACUCCAAAUUGCAAUGGCUGGGGAUGGCCUGCCAACUCCGCGCGCUGUGGGUGUUUCACCUCGAGUCUGAGGCCAAAAGUGCGUUCCAUCGCAGGGGCACCACCAGGUGACAAUCAUGUUGCACUUCCAUGCGAUGAAGACAUCAGCCACCUUUUUGUCUCAGAGGUGCUGGAAGAGCAAGAGGAUCAUAGCCUUCCACCAGAUUUGCCGGAACCUUUUCACGAGGACUUUCGACAGGGCUCCUUUAGCUGGGAUCCUGCCGAGGAAUCUCGUAUGGAGAAGCUUUGGCCAAUGGGACCAAUGACUGCGCUCAUGAAGGGGAAGAUUUGGCCUGUGGUGUUCUUGCACAAGAAAGGCUAUUAUCUCGUUGCAGCUGUGGCACUUAUGGAUGGAAAGUGUCAAGCACGAGCUGAGAGUGGAAAUGAUAGCGCAGGAGGCGACCGUCUACGUGCACUGGAUUUGCCUCAAGUUACUGCUGCCUUUGCUGUUUUGGAGGACAUUUGCGACUUCAUCCCUGCAAAUUUGUCCAUUUCCGAUGUUGCUGGCAUAUCUGAGUUGCAGUAUUACAUUCGAAGUGCUUUGCCCUUUGGUAGCCCAGUGAAUACGAAUUUUCACUUGUUGCGCAUGGUUCGGCAUGGUUUCCCCAACAAAGAGGAUGACACAAGUCAACGAAGCCCCGCUUGGAAGCCAUACCUGUACAAAGGAAAGUCCAAAUUGACUUUGUCUGUCGUGGAGACGAUCAAUUGCACUUUGUACGGCAAGUCGGAGUAUGAAGAUGAAUGCUUCAUCCAGGGUACAGUGUACUGUUGCGCUGACAUUGCUGGAGUGCCAGAAGUGUGUGUGCCUAUCUCUUUCCAACCAGGAGCUGAGGACAACACUCAGGAGUCUCGCACGUCGUUUCCAGAAAUCAGUGUGCACAAUUGUGCCCACAUCAUUGGGGGGAUUAAAUCUGCCAAGGAAGACUCUCUGAAGAUUUCCUGUCUUCCCCCUACAGGGCCCUUCGUCCUAUGCAGAUAUAAUUUCCGCCAGAGCCCAGUGACACCUGUUCGCGGUUUCUACCAGCUGAAGGAGCUUUCUCCAGUGGAAUUCCGGCUCCUUUUGCAAGUGCAGCUUCAUCCAUUGGUUCUCUCUGCCAACAGCGGUGGCUCGUGGAACUGCCAAGUGAGGCUCCCCUUCGAUCAUCGCGGUGUCAUUCGGUCUCACGACCUCAAAUGUACAAGUGGUAGCUUCUCAUUGGCUGACCACAGCCGCAGUAUCGUAUGGAACUUGAAUGUUCGAAGACCACGAGGUUCUCUUGAAGCAAAUCUCUUGGGUGAGCUGAUUUUCGAGGCACCGCAGAAGCUGCAGCAAGAGCAGCAGAUCAAGCGUGAUCAGCAGCAGCCCAUGCAGCAGCAGAAGCCACCACAACAACAGCAACAACAGCAGGCGCAGCAACAACCCCCUGCAGCGCCGCAAGCUGUGCAGCAGCAACAGCAGCAACAACAACAGGCACAACAAACUCAGGUGCCACAGCCGUCCACAGAGGCCGAGGACAGUUCUGCUCCACAGGCUUUUGAGGAAGCAACGGGCGAAGAUGGAGAGGGCCCAGCCAACACAGGAGCGCAACCUGAGGGAGAUGUGUUGGCCUCACGCUCCGGUGUAGAUAUGCUCUUGAAUGCAGCGGGUGGUGCGCAUGGAAGUGCUGGCCCUUCAGCCCAAACUCUGGAUUUCGAGCCGGAAAUCUCCGAGGGGCUUGCAGGGCCUCUCACAGGUUUGAGACCAGUGGAAGAUCGUCCAAGUGAGUCCAACCAGGCAAUACCAGGAUCACAUCACGUGAGAGGUCAUGAUGGCGAUGAAGAUAGCCAGGUGGAUUUGGCAGCAACAAGUUUGGUCAUUGCUGCUGUGGGCGCCCCUGCCCGUGCGGCCCUAACACCCAUGGGAAACUCUCAAGGUGCAGCUCCUGCUGUUCCAAUCACCUCGGCCCCAAGCAAUGCCGUCGCACCACCCGAUCCUUUUCUCAUUGGCGUAAACUGCUACGCAGAAGUCUUUCUGGAAGUGCAAGACGUCGCGUUAUCAGGGGUGAACAUUGACCCAAAAGCAGUCACAGUUUACCCAACGACGCGUGUAUACGGUGGUGUUGCCGUGCAAAAGGAGUUUCUGACAGGAAAGUACAUUAUCUGGAACAUGGCAGGCGAAGUCCGCGGCCACUACAAUGGCCUAGAGUUUGACGCUCCAAAAAACAACGUCAGCCAAGAGUGA